AUGGUUAAGGAGAAGUUGGCGGGAGGAAAGAAGCGGCCAAGGGAGGAGUCGCUCCGUACCAUACCGCCUAACCAAAGCAUUGGCUCUGAGUUGCUGGACAACGAAGAGAGCAAGGAUGUGACGUUUAAGUCACUUGGGCUGUGUGAGGAGCUUAUUGGCGCGUGCAAAGAAGCGGGCUGGCGCAUGCCGACGAGAAUUCAGGUUGCAACAAUUCCUGUUGUCUCCGAGGGGAGGGACAUCAUUGGCGUUGCGCAGACAGGCAGCGGGAAAACUGGAGCAUACGUUCUGCCCCUCGUGAAUUGGCUUUUAACGCAAGCAAAGGUUCCUUAUCUUUCAAUUCUAGUGAUGGUUCCCACGCGCGAGCUUGCACAACAGGUUGCGGCACAGUUUGUUAUGCUCGGGAGCAGCGUGGGCCUGCGUGUGGCGACUUUAGUUGGUGGGGCGGAUAUGGUUGAUCAGGCAUGCGAGUUGAGCCGGCGGCCGCACGUUGUUGUCGGCACGCCAGGCCGUGUAAAAGAUCACCUGAACAACACGAAGGGGUUUCAACUGGUCAAGCUUCACGCACUUGUGCUCGAUGAGGCUGAUAAGAUGCUAGAAAUGGACUACGAAAAGGAGAUAAACGCCAUUCUGGAACAUCUGCCACACAACCGCCAGACACUUCUAUUCUCUGCCACCCUCAGCACGAAGAUCGACCGUUUGCAGAACGCAUCGCUUAAUGACCCCGUUCUUCUUGAGGUUCAUCGCAAAAACACAACUGUGGACACCCUCAAGCAGUAUUACGUUUUCGCUCCGUUUGCGCAGAUGCUUCCUUAUCUUCAUUUGUAUCUUACGCGUGAGUCCGGGAACCACAUUCUUGUCUUUUGCCGCAGUGCCGCGUUGGUACAUCGCAUCACGCUGACAUUACGAGUGUUAGGCCACCAGGCAUUGCCGCUCAUGGGUCGCAUGGAUCAGAAGAACCGUAACAUUGCCUUAACAAAGUUCAAGGAGGGUAGGGUGCGCAUCCUUGUGUGUACAGAUGUUGCGCAACGUGGUUUGGAUAUUCCCCGUACAGAUGUUGUUGUCAACUUUGCGCUGCCGGACCGAGUGGAAGAUUAUAUCCACCGCGUAGGGCGUACGGCGCGUGCUGGGGCACAGGGAAAGGCUGUCAACAUUAUCAGUCAAUAUGAUAUUGUGUUACUGCAGAAGGUGGAAGCGUCGACGGGUGUGAAGUGUGAAGAGUGGCCCAUUAGUGAUGGUGACGUUGCUGCUGUACUGCAGCGUGUAGAGGACGCUGAGCAGGAGGCGGUGAAGGAGAUGCGAGAGAGCGACCAGGAGGCGAAAUUUGAGAGGGAAGCGCGCCAGUUAACUACUGCAAGGAGGGCAAAACGGGAGCGGGGCGACAACGAUAUGGGUUACGACGAUGCAAAGCAUGGCACGGCCGACUUCUCUACGCUGCGUCUCCGUCGUGAACACGAAUCUGUCUUCCAAAUGACGAAGAAACAGCAGCACAAGUCACUCUGGGCAAAGCGGCGAGAGGUGCGGAAGCAGAUGAAGUCAUGA